UCAGAAAGAUAGAAACUAUCCGAGCUAGUUUAAACACGAAAUCGCAAAGAGAAAAAGGAAAAAUAUAAUACGAAAAUGUCAGAAAAUAUGGAAGAAAAUAUCUUAGAAUCUCUGGAGAAACUCGAUAUUUCAAUGGCAGCACCAAUGAUAUUCAUUUUGGUAUCUAUUAUCCAGUUUAUCAAUCGAUACAUCGAAGUCAAUAAGAAGAGAGCAACCAUGUCCGCGGACGAUGUACGGCUCAAGGCAGAAAUUAAGAGGCUCCUAAGAGAGGCGGCUGCCCUAUCACAGCCUUCAACAUUUGCACAAGCUGCAAAGCUAAGGAGGAUCGCGGCAGCUAAGGAGAAGGAACUUGCAAAAAGCCUUGAGACUCACGGUAAGGAGAUAAGCAUGUCAUUUGAUAUGUAUACAAAAGGCCUAUUAUUUUUAAAGGUCUGCACAUACCUUCUGCUUGUUUUAUGUUUUUGGCGAGUGCCUUUGGGUUUCAUAUCUCAGCAGCUUGUACUACCUUUUGGUAUAGUGUUAUCUUGGCUAUCUGGUGGCGAUGCACCCAACUAUACCACGAUUGGGAUUAUUCCAUGGAUAUUCAUGUCUAGUAAGGCCAGCAGAUUCUUGCUCAAAAGAGUAAUAAAGUAGAGAAGAAAACAAUCCACGGCGCUGGCUCUGGAGUGUAACCAUUUUUGGUGUCAAUUUCCCCAGCGAGUCCAUUAAAAGUCUACAUAUAUAUAUAUUUUUUCUUUUAUGUUUUUCCCCUCUUGUCUCUCCUUGUUGGCGCCCAAAAAUCCAACAAAUUGGGAUGUUCUACUUGGGUAUUUUCUGUCGACGGUCAUAUGUUGGAAGAAAGCAGCCAUUAGAGGUGGAGGUAGGUCAUAGACUCAUAGUAUAGGCGGUGAAUUGUUGACAAAAAAUGAGAGAUGAAUGUGGUUGCAUGUAUUUUAGGUGUCGGGUAUUUUGUUCAAUGGAUGUUUUGAAAUAAUAUAACAUUAUUGAAUGUGAUUAUUAAAAUAUACUACGUAUUUAGUUUGAAUUUA